AAAAACUGAAAACAACAAACAAAAUGAAUAAAAAUAUACUGUAUAAGGUUUGGCAAAAAAUAAAAAUAAACUAUAUAAUUGUGAAAAUAAUUCAUAAUUAAACAAGUGAAGAAAAAAAGCCAAAAUUGGCCAAGUGAUUACAGACUUUUAGCCCGAAAGUACCAACCACAACUGAGAUGGCUUUCAAGUACACUACUAGUACACUUAUUGUGACACUUUUCACAAUUGUCAUUCAACAAAGGCAACACUAUUGUUUGGCCGACAAUGUUUACUUUCCCAGCAAGGAGGUGAAACUCAAUCUGCCCAUAAACGAGGAAUCGGAGAGCCUCUUCUCGAAGAUGCCGCUGGCCCAGUUCCAAGUCCUGCAUAUGGAGAGCAACCAACUGGCCACUGACUACAUCUACAGCCUGGAGGACAACUCCCUGCUGCGAAUCAAUAUCACCUCUGGGGAGAUAUUCAUGCGAACGGACUACAAGCCCCUGAACGGAAGCGUGAAAUAUGUGGUCACUGCCUUUCCCAGAGAGCAGCCGGAGAACGAACUGCUGCCCGUAACCCAUCUCACCUUGGAGGUUGUUCCGCAAUCACUGGAGGACUAUUGCGAAGAGUUGGAGAACGUUUGCUUUUGGAGCAGUGCCCAGUACAGUAUAGCGGAAUCGCAUGGGGAGUACAGGAGACGAGAGUCCUUCGAACCGGUGCUCAUAGGAGCUUUAAGUUCCAGAGCAGCCAGGUACCUUUGCCACGUGACUCUGGAUUACUCCAUCACGACGGGCAGUUCCCAUUUCAUCCUGAAACAAAACCGGCUCUACUCCCGGAAGCCUCUGGAUCACGACGAACUCAACGGCCUGAACGCCAAAGCGGGUGAGCUCUAUACCAGGAUUACCUGCACCGCCAAACUGUUCAACAAGGAGCUGAAGAAAUUCUCACGCGCCUUCGACAUCAAGCUCCUCGAUCGCAACGACAAUGGACCAAAGUUGCAGGAGAGCGAUUCCAAGUUCGAUUUCUUUAUGGAUCAUCCCUUUUUCCAGGCGAACGAGGAGGUGGGCGAGAAAAUCAUCUACCUGGACAAGGACACGCUGGCAGCGAAUGCUCAACUGGUCUACGCCGUCCACAAUGACACCAAAGAUCUGCUCCGUCCGGACUGUCACGCCUACGAGGCUGAUCACACAGGCCGCCCCCACACCAUAGUCAGUUGUCAACUUCGUUUUUCACGCAGUGGAGUGUUCCAUGAAACUCCUUACUGCGUCUCCUUGGAGUCCCGGGAUCACACCAUCGUAGGCCACAACGUUCAAAUGUCAGCUACUGCCGACAUUUGCAUCCACAUCGACCUGAGAAACCUGCAUGGGACGCACCCGGCGCUACCCCAGGCCCUUCCGCUGCGAUCCCCGGUACGCAGAAUAUUCGACGAUGAUGACUUCCACGGGGAUUCGGGGUCUCGUGGCCGGGGUCCCGUCACAGUGGACUACGAGAAGGACGUCUCUGUGUACCGGACUGCAUCUGCUUAUAACAGGGUGGCUCAGCCGGACAGUUUUCAGGACCUGAUGCGGAUGCGCUCAAUUCGAUUCAACAUCGUCGAGGAUCGGAGCGGGGCCUUUGACAUCACCCCGACAGCGGGGAUUGUGUAUGUGAGGAAUCCCCAGGCCUUGGCGGAGGCGCCCGAGACUAUAUACUUCCUAAACGUGACCUGGAUGGACAAGGAGCAACUCGCCCACGUCCGGGUGAUCAAUGUGCAUCUGGUCCAGGGAAGGCCCGAGAACACUAGCUGCGAACUGCAGCUUAAAUCUCGUUCGCAGACCUGCGCCCAGGUGAAGUACAGGAGUCAGUGCAAUCAGUUCUGUGGCCUGGCCACCGGCGGCGGAUCCUGCCAGUGGCGAGGCUCCAGCUCGGCAAUGUUUAGCAUCCGCUAUGGAUCAUGUGUUCCCGAGGCGCGAUAUUGUCCGGAUCGUGUGUGCGAUCCUCUAGAGGAGCUCAAUCCGAUGGCCUGCCCCCAAGACUGUACACCAGCGAACAAGAUAGUGGGCCCCCAUUCGACGAAUGAGAACAAACGGGGCAUCUCUAGUGGAUCGGGGACCUGCAUUUGCGAGGACAACGGCCGGUGCUCCUGUGCUCCAUUGGACGAAGAGCCCAAGACAAAGAAACCACGGAAGCGAAAGAACGAAACGGAUGCGGAAACCCUUCUGGCGAGAAAGAGUGCCACUAGAGAUCAAUCCAUGCAGGAUCCUGUGCUCCUGGGUGUCCUAAACGUAGCCGGUUUCGAAUGCAAUAGAUCCUGCAUGUUUUUCCUCAUAAGCUGCCCGUUGGUUGUGGUUUUCCUGCUCCUCUGCUUGCUCCUGACCCAACGGAAGAUGAUAAAGCGGCGUCUGGGCAAGCAGUCCUUGACACCAUCCACCAAACAAGCUCCCGCAGAGCCUGGCGAUGGAGAUCUUCCCCUAAUGCCGCUUCAGAGUGGAUUCAAGUUUGAGAGCUCCGAUGGCAAAUGGGAGUUUCCCCGGGAAAAACUCACCCUCGAUGUGGUGCUGGGUGAGGGUGAAUUCGGUCAAGUCCUGAAGGGUUAUGCCACGGAGAUAGCAGGACUACCGGAUGUAACCACUGUGGCGGUGAAGAUGCUAAAGAAGGGCGCUAAUUCCGUGGAGUACAUGGCUCUGCUGUCCGAGUUCCAGCUGCUCCAGGAGGUCUCACAUCCGAAUGUAAUCAAGCUUUUAGGAGCCUGCACAACAUCCUCGGAACCGCUUCUCAUCAUCGAAUAUGCCCGGUAUGGUUCCCUAAGGAGCUAUCUUCGGCUGAGCCGCAAAAUUGAGUUUUGUGGUGUGGAUUUCGCGGACGGGGUGGAGCCCGUCAGUGCCAAGAUGAUGCUUACCUUUGCCUGGCAAAUUUGCAAGGGAAUGGCUUACCUCACGGAACUCAAGUUGGUUCACCGGGAUUUGGCCGCUCGGAAUGUCCUUUUGGCGGAUGGCAAGAUUUGUAAAAUAUCCGAUUUUGGCCUGACCCGAGAUGUCUACGAGGAUGAUGCCUACUUAAAACGUUCCAGAGAUAGGGUUCCUGUCAAGUGGAUGGCCCCCGAAUCCCUGGCGGAUCAUGUGUACACCAGCAAAUCGGAUGUUUGGGCCUUCGGCGUUCUCUGUUGGGAAUUAAUAACCCUGGGAGCUUCUCCGUAUCCUGGCAUAGCGCCUCAGAAUUUGUGGUCCCUUUUGAAGACGGGAUACAGGAUGGAGAGGCCGGAGAACUGUUCGGAGGAAGUAUACUCUACUGUGCGGGGCUGCUGGGCGGACGAACCAAAUGGGAGACCAUCGUUCAAGUUUCUGGCCUCGGAGUUCGAAAAACUGCUCGGAAACAAUGCUAAGUAUAUCGACCUGGAGACGAAUGCCGUUUCGAAUCCCUUAUAUUGCGGCGAUGAUGCCGCACUAAUGACCCCCAGCGACUUGGCUGAGCCGGACUCCCUGCAGCAUUUGUGGUGGCCACCCAAGGUUGCCUACGAUAUCCACGAUCAGGGAACCAGCUACGACCAGUCUGAGGCAGAGAUGCCAACCAUUUCCAUGGCACCACCUGGGUACGACUUGCCACGCCCCCUGAUUGACACCAACUCCAAGGAGCAGGUGUUGAGAUACGAGAACGAUUUGAGGUUUCCUUUGAAUAUCCGAAAGUCCAGCUGCACUCCCAGCUACAGCAACAUGACAAGUGGCUCUCCCGUGGCCACAGCUCUGCCCCAAUAUGCAGUGCCUGUUAAGAGGAAUCACUCCUAUCUCGACAUGACCAACAAGAGUCUCAUUCCGGAUAAUCUGGACAGCAGGGAUUUUGAAAAGCAUCUUUCGAAAACGAUCUCCUUCCGCUUCUCCAGUUUGCUGAAUCUAAAGGAGACGACAGAAGCAUCUCCGGGACAGCAGCAGGAGGAAAAUGCUGUCUAGAGCAAGAUUCUUUUCCAUCCUUCGAUGUGUAUAGUUUCUCCCACCUACUAAGUUCCACAGUGUCUCAAUGGCGCCUGUUUUUCAGUUCAAAGUGUUUGUUGAUUAGUUUUAGUUUUACGUUUAAUCUUAUAGCUUUAUUCCAAUGCCAAAAAAUAGAUUGAAAACGAAUCGAAUUAGAUUUCGAAUACUCCAAAGCAUUUAUAAGAAAGUAAAUAAUACUUACUCCAAUUAAAUCAUAACCUUUUGACCUUCAAUUACAUAAAUGCAUUUAAAAAUCCAUUCUUUUUAUGCCAAUUUUUAUAAAAUCUAACAAGGCUUAUGCAGUGAACAAAUAUUUUAAAGUUUUAAGAUAAUAAAUAAUACUUUUUGUACAAAUCUAGAUAUAGGGAUCGUAUAUCGUUUAAUUUCAAGAGCUUAUAGUGUGCCUAAUUUUAAUUAAUUACUUUUUAAUACAUCUCCUAGUGUUCCUUUUAGUUAGUCUUCUAUAAAAUGUGAUUAAGCGAUUUUUUAAAUGUUUAGGUUAAAAUUGAAUUUUAUUUUUCAGUCAUAGGUUAAGAGUUGCAUUCAUCUUCAUCACAUUAAAAAAUUCACAUUCAUAAAAGGUUUAUUUGGUACACCUGGUACUUGACUAAAUUUACAAGCAACCUGCACCCACAAUCUCACAGGCACUUUAGAUUUUUAGGCUUUUGGGCGCUUUUACUUAUUUAUCUAAGAUUCAUUUUUAACUGCCAAAUAGCGAUCAACCAAUGGACUGUAAAUAUUUGUACGUAUUGCAUAUGCUAUUAAACAUUAAACUUUAAAUUAUAUAAAUAAAAUGUAAACUUGUGCAAACAAUCCACAUAAAGCAAAUAAAGAAACAACUUUACGCCAACAAAAA